UCUCUACUUACCUAUCUGGUUUAGGACGAUGGUGGUGAUAGCAUUCACGGGAGCUCCUCCUCCAGCGACAACGGGUUUGCAUCCCAAUGGCCGUCUUCGCAAUCGCAGGCCCGGAAGAUUGACAGCAGCAACAGGUGCUACUGAAUUGGUGGAGCUCGCGGCCUCUAGUGUCGCUGCUACUGCUGCGACUGUGGUGGAUCCUUGGUCUCCCGGUGGCGUCAAUUCACAGAGCCUGGCGUCUCAGCUGUUUGCUGCAUCGCUCUUCCCGUAUCUCGGCUUCCUCUAUCACCUUACCAAGUCCAAGACUGCGCCCCAGCUCACCCUCUUUGGCUUCUACUUUCUACUCGCAUUCGUCGCAGCUACAAGUAAGUCUUCUCGUCUUGUUUUGGUUGUGGAUCUAACUAACUUGCAACAUAUGUACGUCUUUGGAACCGCUUCUGUGCUACCACAGUUCCUGCUGGCAUCUAUGGUACGCUCGCAAAUGCGAAAGCCUUAUAUCCACGAUUUGAUGACGAACUCUGUGUGUUGCUAUGCAGCCAAAGUUCACUACGGCACAUCUCUCUCGAACGUUGAUUGGCUUCACGGCGGUGCCGAAUCCUUCCUUACAGUCACGAAUCUGUUUAUAGUGCUCGGCUUGAGAAAAGCGCUGCGUGCUACUGCUGCUGCUGGUGAUGUUGCUGCCAAUGCUGCAAAAGAUGAAAGCAGUUAAAACGCUUCGAUUGUGUUCUUUCUGUUUACCUGGGAGGACUUGGCCGGGCUGUAUUUUAUAUAAAACGUAACUUUUUAGUC